AUGACCGUUGGCCACAAGAGCAAGAACAAGAGCAAGAGCAAGAGCCAGGCAAACUACUAUACCAAUCUUGAUGAGGUGUCCGGGCAGGUCUUGCUGUCCCUAACGGCUCAAGAGACUAUUGCAGCGAUCACUGUGAAAUUGGAAGGUGAAAGUCGCACUCGGCUUGCUGGAGCAUAUGGCGUUCCUGGAACGUAUGAUCCGUACGCUCGGAACCAGACCCAGUUAGAGGUCCACAAGUUGUUGUAUAAGAUACAAACGGUGUUUCCUUCGCGAGAUGUUGCGGCCGCAGGCUCCAAGAAUCAAUACACUUUACCGCCCGGCCAGUACUCCUAUCCAUUCAAAUUCAAGAUCCCAUUCAAUAAUGAUUGCAUCAAUAACAAUUCCGUCCUUGCCAAUCUCAGCUCCAUGCGUAUUGACAUGUAUCAAGGCUCAAACGGACAUGUGAAGAAGACGCUCCCACCGACUUUAGGGGGCAUGCCGGGAGAGGCAGAAAUACAAUACUAUGUUAAAGCUACUGUCCAAAGGCCUGCUUUCUACAAAGAGAAUUGGAGAUACAACACAAAUUUCUUAUUCUUUCCAAUUGAGCCUCCAAGGCCGGCUCCGAAUAGAAGGGAAUCUUUCGCUCGUGUGCAACAUCAAUUUGCACCACCCAUCGAUACCCUCGAGAAGCCGAGUCUGUUUCGCAAACAAUCUACAUCCGGUCAAACUCCCAACAUCACGCCGCCAAGUGUGUCUAUUGAGGGUCGCCUCCCAGACCCUGCCAUCAUAACGUGUAAUGAUGCAUUACCACUGAGGAUUCUUAUCAACAGGCUGAAUGAUUCUCCCGCUUCCCUAUUCCUAGAGAUGUUGCAUGUCGAACUAUUGGCUUUUUCGACCAUCCGAGCUCAUACUCUGCGGAGGAACGAGAUCUCAAGCUGGACAAUUUUGAGCACGAGCAAUAUGCAUAAAUCGCUCGAUGAAACAAGCGGCAAUGAGAAAGGUGGUACUAACGUUCUAGAAGUUCCGCCAAGUUUAUGGAACCAGCGUACCCUUCCAAAUAACGUCUCACCGACCUUUCACACCUGUAACAUCUCCCGCAGCUAUGGCUUACACAUCAAAGUUGGACUGUCCUGGGGUGUUGGGAACAAGAAAAAUGUUAGAUCUCAACAACCUAUGAUUGCUUUAAAUUCUGCUGACACUCAUUUUCAGCCCGAGUUGAACGUCCAAAUGUUACGUAUGCCGUGUCAGGUCUACUCUGGAGUUGCUCCCCCAGAAGCUCUGCUGGAAGCAAUGUCUCACCGUCCAGAGGAGCCACCUCCACCAAUGCCGGCACGUCCGCCGACCCAGACCGGGGGUGUCACUGGCUCAGGACCGACCCAGACCACAGAUCAUAUUGAGCCCUCACCAGAGGACAUACCACCCGAUGCUCCACCAAGUUACGAGGAUGCGAUUGCGGAAGAUAUGGCACCCGUCGAUGGCCCAAGGCGAGAUUAUCAGCAGAAUCCGCCAUCGGCAGGGGGAAAUGAGAAAAGCCGACGGCUCUUUGACGAGGACACGCAUUAG